GAAGUUGCUCAGCUAUCGGUGCCCUAGGGGACGACAUGGACAACACUCGUCCAUGUCAGUUAUAUAUUUUCUCUGAUACUGGGACCAUGCUAGUGGCUCGUGGCACAGUCUAUGAGACAACCACUGUAGUACUUGGUGUACAGCUAGUAGAAGAUGAGGUCAAGGUCACGGUGGAUGAAGUUGUCGUACCAGAUGUCGCUCUUCCUAUGCCUACAGAUGAGAUCUUCACUAUGGAAGAGGCAUUUAAGUCCUUCGUCGCCUGGCCUAAACAUUUGGUUGGUGAUAUAUCUGAUCCCCCGAUAGGUCAAGAUGGAGGUCCUACACCGAAGAAGACUCAUUUAUCUAGGACGAACCUCUUAGUGCAUUAUACGAGCUUGCUAAAAUCAUUUCAAAUGCGCCGAUGAAUGUACACUAGGAUUCUACUACAUUUGGAAGAGAAGCUCAGACCCUAUUGUACUUGUAUCAGCAAGAUGUUAGGGAGCUUGCGUCGGUGAGA